AAUUGCUAACAAAAGGUGUCACGAUGGUGGGAACUAUGAGGAAAAAUAAGAGAUCUAUUCCGACAAAUCUUCUGAAAUGCAAAAAACUUGGUUGAAAAAAUAAGUGUACAAUUUUACAAAGCACUUUGCAUAACUCUAAAGAAAUCAAGCCCGGAGUUAAAAAGCUACCAAUAAUUAUAAAUUAUUAUAACAAAACUAAAGGUUUGUUAUAGAUGAGUUCCGAUUUACUUGUUUAUAUUCGUCUAUUUGCUUGUUUCAUUCAAAAUAGGCGGUGUCGAUACGGUUGAUAAGAUGCUUUCCUGCUACAGUUGCAAGAGGAAAACUAAUAGAUGGCCGAUGGCUGUGUUUGCUUAUAUAAUUGACAUAUCGGCUUUGAAUGCGUUAAUAAUUUUCAAGGAAAUUAAUCCUAAUUGGCAGACUACACAAAAAAACACAAUAAGAAAGAACUUUCUACGGGAGCUAGGAUUAUCACUUGCUAGACCAUUUAUGACAUGUAGAACUGGAAAGCCGAGGUCAAGUUCAUCCGCGAAUUUGCUCGAUAUGGCAUUUUCACCAAAUGCAUCGAAAGAAUCAAAAAGCGUUCCUCCACAAACUAAAGGAAAGCAAAGAUGUGCGAUGUGUCUGGAAAGUAAUUUUGCUUCAAAAAAUAACAUGCAUACUACAAUUUCUUGCUUUUGUUCAAAAGGUACAUGCAAAAACAUACACAACCGAAACGUAUGCGUCAACUGCAUAGAAAAUAAGUUAAUUUAAGUUUGGAAAAAAAUUAAAACAGCAUUUUUUCGGUUAAGCAAAUAAAAACGACAAAAUUAAUGUUGGUUUUCGCCGUCCAUGUUUUCAAUUUUCUACUAAAAACAAUGGGAAGUACAUAUGCGUCGAAAACGACGCAUGAGGGUAGACAAUGUAAGUUAUUUUUAGGAGCAGAUGAAGGUUAAGAAAAUUACAAACAAUUAAAGACAGUUUUUAUAAUUAUUAUUUAUAAUUUUGCAAUAAUGGAUAAUAAAGUGCAUAUCUUUUAGCUACAUUCGCAGGCGCAGUCUGACUAUUUUGCGAAACAAAAAAGAUCCGUUUUCAUACGAAGAGAACACAUUCAGGAAGUUCUUUCGAUUUCCCAAAUCUUUGUGCUGUGAUCUCAUUAAUCAACUCAAGCCGUAUGACCAACAGCAAACAUCGAUUCCAUUUGAACUUCGGGCGAGUUACAUUUUAACCUUAAAGAAACAUAAUGUUUUCAUGCAAUCAAAUUUCUCUAGUUUAUUUCAGUUUUAUAUUUUUUAUGCAAUGGCUCAUAUCAGUGUUGCCUGGGAAAUGCAUAUUUCGCGGUGAUGAGCCAACCAACCAUUUCUCGAUGUAUCGAAUAUAUUUGUAAAUUGGUGGUGGAGCGUAAACACGGCGAAGUGCGUUUUCCUAAUUCUGUUGAAGAAUACAAUAGAAUUAAGACUGGAUUUUAUUCGAAAUUUGGAAUAAAAGGUGUAAUUGGAGCAAUUGAUUGCACUCAUGUUGGCAUAAUUGCACCUGCCUUGUCAAACACAGUUGUACCGCAUGAUUAUAUGAACAGAAAAGGUUAUUAUAGCAUUAAUGUUGAAGCGGUUUGUGACGAUGAACUAAUUUUCCGGCACGUGAAUUGCGAAAUUUCCCGGCUCAUGUCAUGACUCCGGUAUAUGGACUACUUCGCCAGCAAGGAUAAAGCUAAUAAGAGAACACUCUGAUGUAGCUUUUAAAUGGCUUUUGGGUGAUUCGGGAUAUCCAUUGGAGCCAUGGCUUCUUACACCGGUGGCAAACCCUGAAACACCAAAUGAACAAAAUUUCAAUACUAGGCACAUAAGAGCAAGAAACAUGAUUGAAAGAGCAUUUGGAGUUUUAAAAUCACGCUUUCGUAGCAUUUCAAGAGAACGUACAUUGCGGUACAAACAUUCCAAAGCUGCAUUAUUUAUUUAUACUUGUACAAUACGAGUAUUUCACAAUAUUUUACAAAAACAAGGAACAAUCUCUGAAAUCCAUUCGGGGGA